GUGAUGACCCACAUAGAUUUCGUGUUACUGCACAUGCGCUGAUUCGUCUACAAUUUCCUCUUCCCUGGAACUGAUUUUGUUGGGGGGGAUCCAGCGGUUUUAGUUUUUAUUUCACGGACUGUUUUUGCUCAAAAAGAAGAUUUCGAGUGUCUUUUAUGAGUAAUCAAAGGCAGCAGAAGCCUACGCUAACAGGCCAGCGUUUCAAAACCAGAAAAAGAGAUGAAAAGGAGAGGUUUGACCCUUCCCAGUUUCAGGAGAGCAUCAUACAAGGUCUGAACCAAACUGGCACCGAUUUGGAAGCUGUCGCAAAAUUCCUGGAUGCCUCUGGUGCCAAGCUUGACUACCGACGCUAUGCUGAGACUCUAUUCGACAUCCUGGUGGCUGGUGGAAUGCUGGCUCCAGGGGGUACCUUGUCAGAUGACGUGACCUGCACUGAGUUUUGUCUCUUCAAAGCACAGGAGGACAUGGAGACCAUGCAGGCAUAUGCACAGGUCUUUAACAAGCUCAUCAGGCGUUACAAAUACUUGGAGAAAGGAUUUGAGGAGGAGAUUAAAAAGCUGCUGCUGUUUCUCAAGGGCUUCACAGAGUCUGAGCGCAACAAGCUGGCCAUGCUAACAGGAAUUCUGCUGGCCAACGGCAAUCUCUCUGCAUCCAUUCUUAACAGCCUCUUCAAUGAGAACUUAGUCAAAGAAGGUGUUUCAGCGUGCUUUGCAGUAAAACUCUUCAAAUCCUGGCUUUCUGAAAAGGACAUCAACUCUGUAUCUGCCAGUCUCCGAAAGGUUGGCAUGGACAACAGGCUCAUGGAGCUUUUCCCUGCAAACAAGCGCAGUUGUGAGCACUUUUCAAAGUACUUCACAGACGCUGGGCUCAAGGAGCUUUCGGACUUUGCCAGAAACCAGCAGUCCAUAGGUGCUCGGAAGGAGCUCCAGAAAGAACUUCAGGAGCAAAUGUCACGUGGAGAUCCCCUCAAAGAUAUCAUCGCCUACGUCCGAGAGGAAAUCAAGAAGAACAACAUCUCCGAGCAGACAAUGAUUGGAUUAAUUUGGUCCAGUGUAAUGAGCUCCGUGGAGUGGAACAAGAAGGAGGAGCUAGUCACAGAACAAGCCAUCAAACUUUUAAAGCAAUACAGCCCACUGUUGAAAGCGUUUACCUCCCAGGGCCUCUCUGAACUUACCCUCCUACUGAAGAUCCAGGAGUACUGUUACGACAACAUCCACUUCAUGAAGGCCUUCCAGAAAAUCGUUGUACUGCUCUACAAAGCGGAUGUCUUGAGUGAAGAGGCAAUUCUGAAGUGGUACAACGAAGCCCACCUUGCCAAAGGAAAGAGCGUUUUCCUUGAACAGAUGAAAAAGUUUGUUGAAUGGCUCAAGAACGCUGAGGAAGAGUCCGAGUCUGAGGAAGAGGAGGCAGACUGAGGACCCUACAGCUAUAACUACCAUCUUGAUUUGUAUGUUUUCAUUAACAUAGCUCCAGAUGCAGUAGAAGGGUUUGUUACAGCCUGUCUAGAUUUAGUUUUUUCCUGUUCUAUUCCCUACCUCCUCAUAUCUAGUUCAACUGUAAUGUAAGGGCUUUAAUAUUGUUUUGAUUUUCAUCAUGUUUUCUGUCAGAAUCAAUACUCUUCUUUAUACUCCUUUAGGAGCUGGUCACAGUGCCACAUUUAGCUAAAUAAUUCAAAACCCCUUUCAUGUAACAACGGGGCCUUUUUUUGUUUUUUUGGAUAAAUGGUUCCCUUUAAAAUUAGCUAGUUUGGGGGGCAUAUUUCACAGCUAGGUAUUUAGUCAUGGGACUUCUCUUUGCCAGAGGUCCAUCUGUGCAGCCAUGAUAUCUUGGUCCUCUUAAAAGCAAAUUGUUUUUGUAACCUCAUUUUACAUUUCUGCCAAUUAUGUGACAAUGUUUGAAUUUUUUGACAGUUCAUUGUGCUCAUUGCACAUCUUUCUCCAUCAUUGGUGACAGAUGUGCCAUUUUAAAUGGCAGUGGUGAUGGUUGCAAUGUCCCAUGAAAUGAACUUUAUUUGUUCUAUACAUCUUAUGUAUCAGAACCAUGCUAGCUUUGUCGUUUUUAUUCCUUUAUCAUAGUUUGACUUUUUAAAAUAAAAUGGAAAUUAAUCGUU